GCCGCUCUCAGUUUGAGUCCGUACGUCAUGUGAAUCGGUUGCGCGAGCUAGAGUCGUUACUCCGUGUGACCUACACCGUGUGGUCGGUUACCGCCAUUCGUCGCCUACCCCCGCCAGAAAAAAAGAGAAAAAAAGUAAAAUUUGGUGAAGCAGCUCCGUGUCGCGUUCCGUGAUCCAUCGAGUUCGGAAUGGUGUUCCUGCGUUUCGGGGAGGAAGUAACAGCAGGAUGAUAGUUCGAUUUGCGACGAUUACUUACGAUUCGUUCUGAGGCUCUGAGUUUCUCGAGCUGAUUGUGGAGUUUUCCGCAUGGCGAAACUGAAAACUCGCCGUUUUGGAUAGUUUUAGACGAAGAACACGGUAGUAGUUUUUUCGGUCGGUCGAUCAGUUGUGUAGUUCGUGUAUGCGAGUGAUAAUGGUGGUAGUAGUAGUAGCAAUAGCAGCAACAGCAACUACAGUGUGAAUGUAGAAGAAAAGCGAAAAAUAUUUCAAAACUUGUUCUAGCAGCAAGAAGUUAAGUCAGCAGUUGUUGUACAUAGAGAAGUAGCUGGUAGAGCUCACGCGCGCGUCACGACGACCCUCGACGGAAGAGAAGAAACGAAAAGGAAAACGAGUCUCUGACGGACGACGUAACAGCCAGCCUGGCCAGACCAACAACAAUCAGACUUCACUUUAACUCGACGUAACAGACCUGUGUGUGGUGGAGGAAGUGGCCUUUGUCAGUUGCGAAGCAACAGUGAAUUGUGGUUUCCCGAUAAGCCUUGUGGUGUGCCGCUGCAACCGUUGAAAGAAAGUACAAUCAUCGCACAUCACCGAGCAGAAAAGUUGACAAGAACAAAAUUUAUUUGAUUGAAAACGAGGGAAAAGAAUAGGAUAUUGAAGGAAGUUGUCGUUCAGUGUGAUCAACCUGCAAAGAAGAAACCAAUUGGCCAACCUCGAAAAAGCUAGAAAAUCAGUUCAAAAGUAUGCCAAGUGUGUAGAGCGAAGAAACCCCCAAUCCGCGGAAGGCCUGAAUAAUUGUUCAACAAAAAUUCGGAAAAGUGCGAGCGAAAAUAGAGGAAAAUUUCUUAAGUGAGCUGUGUCAGUGAGCUAGAAAUCCAAAAUAGCACAAAAUUCGGAAAGCCAAAGUGGCGUAUCAAGAGCAGUCCGACGAAGAAUAGGAGAAAGUGAGCUUCGGGAAAGGAGGAAGUGGCAAACGGGAACCAGAAGAAUACCAGCAACCCACAACAAGCAGAGAUCCAUCCCUUUAGAAAGGGAAGAAGUGUGUUCGGUGCAUUCGGUGUUUGUUUGUUGAUGAUUAUUUUUCUGCGCUGUGUUUAGAGUGAUUCUAGUGGCGGCGACGGUAUUUGUAGGUGUAAGCGUGUGUGUGUCUGUGCACAAAGUGAGGAGUUCGAUAUUUCGAUCACGACAACAGUGUGUUCUGUUUAUCAAGUUCUGAAAUAAUAACAACAAAACGACGUCGGCAACGACAACAACCAUAACAACAACGACGAAAGCAGCGACAUCUGCAGGAAACUCAACGGCGAAGAGGGUGGAUUGAUAGAAUACAGAUAGAUAUACGGAUGAUAUUUCUUCGGCUGAAAAGUGUUUGAACAGUGCCUCAAAAUUUGGGAUUACUCUUUGGAAUCGGUGGCUGGCGUAUCAGCGACCACGGAGCGAUUAACAGCUCCCCCGGCACCUCCCCAGGGCCACUCGCCCCAUCAACUCUUAGAUGAGCCCCACAUGUCCAUUGCUGCGGCUGAAAAUGCAGGGCUUGGCCCAUGUGAACUUCCCCUGCCGGACCAUUGGCUCGUCCAUACUCAGCUCUCACAGUCGUCGUCACAACAAUAUUCAACGCCAUCGCCGGCCAUCGGAGGCCCCAGUUUGGGAUUGGGUGGACUGCCGCCAGCACUGCCCCAGCAACAGUCAUCGUCUCAUUCCACCAGUCCCCUUCAGCAAACACCGUCAGCAUCACAGCAACAGCAACUGCAGCCGAAAAUAAUGAACGCCGUAGUUCCGGCCGUGUCGGUCCCGGCAGCAAACAAAAAAAUUCGAAGAAAACCAGAUACUAAGCCACAGUCGCAAAUCAACAAGUGCAACAACGAGAAACGUCGCCGGGAGCUGGAGAAUGAGUACAUCGAGCAGCUCGGCGAGUUUCUACAGAUCAACAAGCGGGAUAUGACCGCUUGCAAGCCGGACAAGGCAGCGAUACUCAGUGAAGUGGUGAAAACGUUUCGUCGCUUAUUGGAGCAGGGAAACCGAGAUUUGACCGGAUCAAACCGCUGCUCCAAGUGCUCACCCGAUUGCAGCGACUCCUGCAAGCUGCACCCGGUUCAACAGGGCGAGGUAUCCUCAACCGAGCCCCCACUGCCGGAACCGUCCGUCAACGGACACUCGCCGGAAAAGUCGGCCUAUUUCGAGGCGGUCAAGUACUACAUCUCCAACGUCGGCUGGGUCCUGCUCGAGAUCAACUCCGAGGGCGUCAUCGAGUGUGCCACCGACAACGUGCUGGACGUGCUGCACUACACUCGCACCGAGCUGCACGGCCAGUCCAUCUAUUCGUACCUGCAUACUGGUGAUCAUUCAAAGUUGAGUCCUAUUUUAAAUAAGAAUUCGUUUGAGCUAAACUGGGAUCAAAAUGAGUUUCUACAACCACCAAAGCGAACGAUCCGUACGAAGAUUCGCUGGCUUCUGAAAACCCCUGAGAGCGCCAACGAUACCAUCGAACAGAAGCAGCAACGCCAGGAGAAGUACAAGGACCUGCUCAUCAUCUCCGCUCCCGUUAAGGAUGAUACGGACGCCGAGUCGUCAUCAGUGCUUUGUCUAAUCACACUCCCAGAGGACGAACAUCAUCAGGGCCCCGCUAUCGAGAGCCACACUAUGCCACAGACGCUGGACGAGCAGCUGACGCUCAAGCUGGACAUGACUGGUGCCGUCAUAGACUUCGACGCAGCGACGCUAAGGAAACAAUUCACGGAUUAUCUUACCAAAGAGACUGUACGGUCAAUCCACGAUCUCUGCCACUUCCAGGAUCGGCCUCGGCUGAACGAACACCUUCAGAAUGUGAUGAACGCGAACGGUGCGGCCCAGGUGUCGUCGUAUCGGUUGCGCCUGGGAGGACCGGACGUGUACGUGCAUGUCAAGGCCCAGACGAGAUUAUUCCGCAACAACAAACCGAACGAGCCGGACUUCAUAAUGGCCAUUCACACGAUACUGAACGACAACGAGGUGGCUAUGGUGGAGAGUGGCCUGAACAAUCCAUCCUCGUCUUCGUCAUCCAGUCUGGCUAUUCCUAGUACUAGUAGCGGAAGUGGCAGCAGUACGGCACGUCAAAUGCAGCAGAUCACCCAAGGAGUCAGUAAUAUGGGUGGACCGUUGAUGUCCAGCAUACUGAACGGAAGCGGAAAUAGUGGUGGGCCCGGAGGACCAAGUGGUCUCCAGGGUGCUCUGGGAUCGGUAGUUUCACCUAGGAGUUCUAACCUACAUUCGUCCCUUCUAAGCCAACAGUCGUCGGACGGUUCAAGCUUCUUCCCUUCGGAGUUUGAGUUCGAAUUUCCACAUUCCACAUACGACAUGGAGUCCGUCGGGGUCAACUGGGACUCGAGACCGGACUCGCGAACUAGCGUUACGCCGGUCAGUACUCCGCGGCCUCCAUCGGUAACGGCGUACAGCCCGGCUGCGGCUUCACUGUGCCCCUCGCCGCUGACGUAUCAACCCAGCAGUGCCGGAGGGCAACCUUCUCCCUCGAACAACCAACAGGUUAACAACAACAAUAACAACAGCAGUAUGACCAACAACAACGCGGGUCUGUUCGGGGGCUUCCAGUGUCAGUUCGACGACAAGGACAAGGUCCAGGAACAAAUCCAACAACAGCAGCAACAACUUCAGCAACAGCAGCAACAACAACAGCACCAGCAACAGAUGGCCUCACACGACUCAGAGCGAUUGCGAAAUCUACUGACAACCAAACGACCUCACUCCAAUGCCUCGUCCUCGUCCGGGAUGGAUAUGGACCAUGACCACCGGAAUCCGAACCGGAUUUUGAAGGGCUUGCUAAAUUCCGAAGAAGAUAAGGAUAGUAAUGGAAAUAAAUUAAGUACCACAACUCUUUCACAACGUUUACCUCAGUCAGUUAGAGCCCAUCAGUCGCAAGGUGGCGCUGUUGGUGGCGGUGGUGUUGGUGGUGGUGUUGUCAGUGCUGGCUUAGGGGGCGCCCGGCCAAGCACCGAACACAAGUCUGGUAGCAAUAAUAUGCUAUUGCAGCUACUCAACGAUAAAAGUGACGAUGACGAUGCGGAUGCGCGGAAUCGGCCGAGUGAACUUCUUAGGCAGCUUCAGAAGGUCAAAGAUGAACCCAAGCCGCACCAGGCCCCGCUGAAAGACGAAGAGCUGCUUCAGAUGCUUCAAGUGCAGCGUAACGAUCGGAAGCGAUCCUCGACCGAACCGGACGAGGGAGCCGCAGCCAAACGAUCCGAUGAUAAACCGUCCAAGUUGCGUGAGAAGAACAAAAUGCUGGCCUCGCUAUUGGCCAACCCGGCCAAAGCCCCGACACAGAUGCUGGCAGGUCACUCGUCACUUCGAAUUAUCCCCGACAUACCCACCUCGAACAUCUCACGCCAGAUGGGUAGCGUUACGAGCUCGACGGCCCCGAACCAAACCCUGAACAACAACAACCUUACCACUAGUAACAAUAAUCUGAAGCAUGUACAACAUCUGCGGAUGCAGCAGCAACAGCAGAUGCGCAAAUCAGCUAUGCCUUCACCAUCGCAACAGCCACCUACUUCAUCCGAUAUCUACCUCAGCCACCAGCAGCAACAACAGGCCCUGCUUCAGCAGCAGCUGAUCGCCGCCCAGCAGCGCCAACAGAACUACGCUGCAGCUAUCCAAGACUCGGGCAUUGGCUCCGUUGGCAGUGGCCCGUUUGCAACGCCAUCGACAGCUACUUCCACCACUAGCCAUGCCACACCCGAAUGGGAUCCAGAGCUCAACGAAAUACUUAACCAUGUUAUCGACAUAGCACCCGACGUCAGCUUUGCCGAUAGCGAACUCACUAGUUUCCUAGGUUCCAUGGAUCCAUCGACAUCCACAGCUCCAUCCCAAGCAAGUCAGCAAGACAUCCAAGAAAAGCUGGCAAUAAAUGCAAUUCAGAAAUCUCUGAUGCGAGAAAUAGAAAAUGUCACCUCUCCCAUGCAGUACAGCGGUAGUCCUCCAGCAUAUCCAAUGCAUGGAAUGGGAUCUGUUGGCUCACCGGCAGGUCAGAUGUCACAACAAACUCCAGGCACCCCGACAACACCAAAUCCCAAUUUCACGCCCCCACCUGUCUACCAACCUCGACUACGCAUGUCUGGACCAGGAGGACCAGGCGUAGGCCAGCUCGGAAAUGGCGCUCCGAGUCCAAGUGCUAUAGCUAUGCAAAAGCUGUCCCAUCAACAGCAGCAACGUGAGCGUAUGCAGGAACAACAGCGACAGCGGUUGCUCCAACAGCAAAAACAGCAACAGAUGGUAGUCCCGGUAAAUGCCACAGCAAACGCCGAUCUUAACCUGGGAUUAACUCCAGGUAUGCAGAAUAUCGAAUCGUUACUGAACAAUACCGUGGCGCCAAACGUUUCGCUCACUCGAGCCAAUAGCGUAGUACCCGACUCGCAGCUUAGUCCUGGAUUCUCGCCUAGCCAAUUGAUGCAACAACAGCUGAGCCCAAAUCAGCGAACACAACUCAGUCCUCAGCAGACAGCAGGAUUCCAAGGAAAUCCCUUCAACAACAAUCCGGGCCAUCGGAUGUCACCUCAGCAGCAGCAACAGCUGGUCGCAGCCGCUGGGUUUCAGCAAGGCAAUCCAGGCAAUCAGCAACUAUCCCCUCGACAACCUCCGUUCAACACUUCUCAACAGCUGCCACAGGCCAAUGCUGCUGCUCUCCAACAACAGCAGCAACAGCAGUGGCAACAAAACGCCCGCCUCUCCAUUCAACAGCAAAACCCAAUGCUCAAUGCUCAACUAUCGACGGUGCCCGGUUUCAAUCCUGCAGCCGCAGCCAACCGACAAUUCGUAGCACCCCAGCGACAACGAUCGCUCAACUCACCAGGAACGCCACGACAGGGCUCGUUCGGUAGCACGGUGGAUGGUAGCGGGUUCCCAGGACCUCCGAGUCCAUCCCAACCCAACGCUGGCGCCGGACCUAACUUUGGAAAUCCUGUCUUUGCCAAUCAGCAAAUGAGGCUUCAACGGCAGGGUAGCGUUCCUCCUCAAGCAACUCAGCAUCUACCAGGAUCGCCACGUCCCUCGUACGGUGGACAUGGACCCGGUCCGGACACUAGUGGCUAUGGGAUGAUGUUCAACAAUGCCACAAUGCAGCAGCAGCACUCUGCAGGCUCACCAGGCGAUUACUUCAAUCGCAGUCAAGCUGGUGGCAACAACGGAGGUGGGCUGGGCACUUCGGAACACGUCCGGCAGGAGUUGAGGGCAGUGGUCUCGGGUAGGGCACAGAACGCAGCAAGUGGCGGUGUUGGCGGAGCGGGCGGCCUGCGAACACCGCAAAGCCCGAUCGGAAUGUCGCCCAUGGGAGGAGUCGGAGUCGGUGGAAGUGGAGCCGGAGCUGGUACUGGCCCCGGUGGUGGUGGAAGCGGCGCCGGAAGUGGUGGUGGUGUCAUGACGGGAAUGGGCGGAGCCAACAACGUUGGCAGUACGAACAGUGCCGGGAUGGGACCGGGUAGCAACGGUUCCGUACUAAGCCCCGGCAUGGGCGGUAUCACAGGGAAUCUAGUUGGUAGUGGUGGAGGUGUUGGGGGGAGUGGAACGGGAUCAGUCGGAGGAGGAGGAGGAGGUGGAGUAAAUAGUUCUGGCAACGGAGACGGAAUGCAAACAUCACAGUUACCAGGUACGUCAUCGUUACUCAACACGCCCGGCGACAUCGAUCCGUCAAUGCUAUUCAAUUUUCACCUCGCGCCGAAAGAAUUCUUCGGAGGCAAUACGAGUCGGUGACCCGAAAAAUUCAUCCCUCCUUCUGCAAAAACUUCUGUCGGAUUAAAGUGAUAAAACAAACAAGUUGUUCGUACGUGUUUAGGCUUCGUUUUAUAAGAUUUUUUUUAUUAAUCCAUUACGGAAAUGUUGUUUUGUUUAUUUUUGCGCUGUCCUAAGUUUUAAAUUAACUGCAACAAGAAAAAAAAACGCUAAAUAAAAUUUGUUACAUUGAAAAACAAAAUGGAAACAAUGUGUUUGUAACGAUUCGAUGGGAAACAGUUUGGCAUUAUUAGGAAAAAACUAGAGAAAAAAUUGAAAAAAAAAGAAUCACUUAAGUUGACCUUCUAACUAUUAUAAUAAAAAAUAUAUCAAAAAAGAAGAAAAAAAAAUUAAACAAAACCGAGAUGUGAUGUGAUGUUUAGGAAGAGGAAUGAAUUAGAGGAAGCCGUCGGAACGGCUUUAAAACAUUGUGGUUAUUGUGCUGUACAUAUUUAGUUACUGUAAAGUGUAAAACCAAGUAUAUAAUUUAAAAAAAAAGUAUGUAUACACAGAGUAAGAAAGUCGAUAUAAGCUAAAGAGAGAAAGAAAGUAAAUUAAAAAGAAAACAAAGUAAGGCAAAUAGAAAUACCUCUAACAUUAGUUCAAACUAAUAACAAAAUGAAAACAACAAAAGUGUUAAACCUUAAAAGUGUAUCUAAAUUAACCAAAUAGAGAACAAAACAAAUCGAAACGAGAAAUGGUUAAACGGGAAAAGCAAUCCCGCAAACCAUGUACAAACACGUACACAAAACAAAAAAACAGACACACGUGCAGUCACAGGUGAUGAUGAUGAUGAAUCAAACGUAGAAAACGAGAGUUGGAGGUUAUGCGGAUCGAGCUAUAGUUCUUCUUCGGGAACCCGGAGAAGUGCUGGGCUGUGCUGAGUCCAUGGGAAUGGAGCGAGAGAGCAACGAGGCCACCGAGGUCUCGAAUCCAAAGACUUGCGAGGAAGAGAGAAAGAGCGCGAGAAAGAGUGAAGAGGGUAGAGUACGCAGUGUUGUUGUUGUUAGGAAGCCAGGCAAAUCUCCCACAAAACCAACGGUUUCGCAUUUAUAAAUAAAAGAAAAAACGAAUAAUGAGAAAAAGGGAAAACAAUUAAAACAACAAAUAAUAAAUGUUAAAAAACGAUUGACGAAAUCAGCAGAGAGCAAAACCAUACAGAGACACUCGAAGAUGUGUGAAGCAAAAAGAGUGUGUGUAACUAGAACUGAUGCUAAAUUGUAGGUUGCGUUCUACUGUAGCGUAGAUGAGCACGUUUCGUAACUAUUUUCAUCACUCGUUGACGUUUCCCUUUGAGAGUAGUAACCGUAAACUGAACAUGUUCGUAUAGAAAAAAAAAAACAGAUCACUUUGUAAUUCACCGUCGUUGGACUUCCCCUCCUAUGUGCUGUAAGCUGUGUCCUAUACUCAUGUGUUUGUCUUUCUGUAAGAAGUUCAUUUAGACUACUAAUUCGAACGAUAGAGGAUCGAGGUUUUGGACGGAGGUCGGAAGGAUCACAACAGCCUGCACAGAUCGGUGAUUUAAGGAGUGUAAAUGAAGGUGCGAGUUAGAUUUCGGAGCAGUUGGUGGGAUUUGGUGCUGUAGAACUUCUCGAAGACUAUCCAAUAUUAAGGAAAGUUACAUUGAUUGUUAAACUUGACUGAUUCUAUUACAGAUCCUGAAAACAAUUGAAGAACUAUAGCCAAUAUUGUCUAACUUCGGCUUCUCUCAGUCUUGUUUGAAGGCCGUUUAAAGAAUCUUAGCAGUGUUGGAUUCGAAAGAAUAGCUCUAGAAUAACAUGCAUUUAAAGUUAUUAUUGGAGGAUCUGAACUGGCGAUUAAAUUUUGACUCAUUGUUCCAAACAAUUGUUUUUUCCGGAAAAUUUUGAUUUUGAAAAUUACUGUUUAAUAUGUAACUUUC